AUGAAUGCCCACAUUUGUGGACAUCCAGAUGGUCAAUGUGCUGAAACCCGAAGGACUUUCUGUAGGAAGUGUGGGAAGCAUCGGCCUCACAAAGUGACCCAGUAUGAGAAGGGCAAGGAUUCCCUGUAUGCCCAGGGGAAGAGGCGCUACGAUAGGAAGCAGAGUGGCUACGGUGGGCAGACAAAGCCAAUUUUCCGAAAGAAAGCUAAAACCACAAAGACUGUGCUGAGGCUUGAAAGUGUAGAACCCAACUGCAGAUCAGAGAGGAUGCUGGCCAUCAAGAGAUGCAAGCAUUUUGAACUGGGAGGAGGUAAGAAGAGAAAGGGCCAAGUGAUCCUUUGGGAUUCUUUUAUUUUUGAGAGGAAAAUGUUAAAGCUGUAG